AUGUGGGCUGUUCUCACAGCCCCAUGCUGCUUUGGUUCUGAGACCCUGCUUCAGCUCCUCUUCCGUGCCGAAGGGACCAGGGAAAAAAGAAACAAAUUCUAUGAAUCUUUAACACUUUUACAACCCAUAUGCCCAAAUACCUUCAAGCAAUCCAGUAUCUCGGACUUCCGAUCACCCUAUAUUCCCGAGGGUGGUCUGCAGCAGGAUGGCAAGUUGGUCACGUCGAUCGGCACGAUGAACUGGUGCUGCUGCGGCUUUCUACCCAACGCUUUGGUAAGUUCCACCGUCAAGGCACUCAUACAUGGCCGUCGGAUCGCCGUCUCGGAUGCUACCAAACCAAGAGCCCACAACUUGCUCCUUGUGCCCAUGCCAAAGACACCAGGCCAUUCCAAUCUCGCCCAUGUGAGCAAUGAAGUGGAGACGGUCCACGCCCUCUGUAAAUCAAUGCAUCUCAAGCCGAUCACGCCACCAGAGUGCAGCAAAGCGCACGUUCUCGCGCAGCUGCAAACCUGCACGGUAUUCCAUUUCGCAGACCACGGCCGCUUCGAUCCUGUAACCCCCUCCAAAAGCUAUCUGCUCCUCCAAGACUGGAUGCAGCAUCAACUCACCGUCGACAGCUUCCGCGAUCUCAACCUCCACCAGCUCCCGCCGUUUCUUGCCUACCUUUCUGCCUGCUCCACUGGCACCACCCAGACCCGGAGACCUCUCGAUGAGGUCAUUCACCUAGUGAGCGCCUGUCAGCUCGCGCACGUCGUGGGAACGCUCUGGAAGGUCUCGGAUUGGCUCUGCGUUGAGGUUGCGCGCACGUUCUACGAGACUCUUCGCGACCAUGGUAUUCGAGAUGAUGCGGUGUCGUUGGGGCUUCAUCUCGCUGUUCGGAAAGCAAGAGACUACGAAUUUGGCAUGUUGGGGACAACGCGCUCCGGCUGCAGUCUGUUGCAGCUGACGAUGGAGAGAGCAGAAGCCACAGAUGAGACGGCAGAGGUGUUCGUUCAAGAGGAUCGAGAUAUCAAGCCUUUUGGUUCUUCGAAUACAAAGAAUAGAAGAAAGGAUUCUCUCUGCUAG